AUGGCUUCUCUUCCAGGCAACGGAGUAGCGAGGACGUUUCUAGACAUGGGCGUCCUUGGCGUCCUGCUGGUUGGUGCGGCGCUGGUGAUCUUGGUGCGAACCACGUGGAAGAAGAAGCGAGACGAGAGUGUUGCUGAGCCAGCAGUGGAUACUGCAGAGCUUAGACGGAAGCGCAUGGCGAUGCUGGGCUCUCAGGUCAACAGUACUCCCAUUGAGCGUCGGGCCACUGCCACCACCACCAACUCCGACCCAAAGGCGAAACAUACCCCCAAGAAAAGAGUUUCAAGGACCAAAAGGACGGACGCGCUCGUGCACGUCGAACCCGAGAAAAAGGUCAACACGGUGGCGAGCCGUUCGGAGCUUCGAAACAAACGCGAGGCCUUCGUCGCGGCAGCAACUCUUCCCCCCGCCGACAGCGGGAGCGCCAGCCAGCGGGAUGAAGACAGCAACGCAGACCUUGCCGAAACAGAGCAGCCGCCCUGCAUCUCGGCCUCAGCUCCAAUGACCACGUCUCUAGAGGGAUCUAGGCCCGGGCAGCCAUCAGAUGUACCGGAGCCGCAACCGUCAUCGCCAGCGGCCGCGCCAGCAGCAGUAGCCACCCCUGCGCCGGAAACGCCUCCUUCUGCCACAGAAACAGAGCAGCUGCCCUGCAUCUCGGCCUCAGCUUCAAUGGCCACGUCUCUAGAGGGAUCUAGGCCCGGGCGGCCAUCAGAUGUACCGGAGCCGCAACUGUCAUCGCCAGCGGCCGCGCCAGCAGCAGUAGCCACUCCUGCGCCGGAAACGCCUCCUUCUGCCACAGAAACAGAGCAGCCGCCCUGCAUCUCGGCCUCAGCUCCGAUGACCACGUCUCUAGAGGGAUCUAGGCCCGGGCGGCCAUCAGAUGUACCGGAGUCGCAACCGUCAUCUCCAACGGCCGCACCAGCAGCAGUAGCCACCCCUCUGGCGACCGGCCCAGCCCCCACCCCCCCGCCGCCGCCGCCUAACCUUCCGGGAUGGAUGCAGCUGAGCGAGCUGCUGGAGCUGCUGGAAUCAGGGGCCCGUCCAGCAUACGAGGCACUGACCGGCAUCGUCUGCGUCGACGUGGUCGGCAAUGAUCUUACUUGGAGGAGCCGAGGCGACGGCCCCGCCGGCCCCGACACCACGGCGGGCGUUUGUCGGAGGUGGUGGGAUGCCGCGUGGGGGGCCGGGGAGGUGGAGGCCGCGCGCGUGGCUGCUGAUGUGCUUGGUUUGCACCUCGACGCCAUGCAGGACGAUAUCUUCUCGAGCGCUGAUGAACAAGGCGGUGCUCUACUGCUAGCAUUUCUGGGCACCUCGCCUAGCCCGUUGAUGGUUCGCCACGUCUUCCUAGGGAAUCCCUCAGCGGCAAGGGCGUCCCUGCGGCUCGCUGUUGCAGUUUUACGUGAGGUGCGAGGGGAAGCAGCAUCACCAGGAGCCCAGGUCCCCGCUGGGCGGCGAGGGACGAGGGCUACAGCAGCAUCGGCCAACGCAACAGCUUGGGCGGACACGGCUCGACGCCUAGAGGCGUGGCAGCCUCUGGAGGGGCUCGAGAGCCUAGAGCGGCUGCUUCGGAGCGCCGCCGGUGCCGCUGCUUUGGCGGCCGUCCUCGGCCUUGAGGCGCGCCGGGAGUACGCGCACGGCGCCGAGCUCGAGGCCGAGUCCGUGCUCGGGCCGCUGCUUGGCGGGCUGUCUUGUGUCUUGACGCUCAACGAGCACCUCCGAGCGGCUCAGGAGAACGCUGGAGCCAAUCCGUACUCGUCCGGCUCGCCGUCUCUGGGGAACCAGAUGACCCAGCAGCUGGAGGAAGAGGCGUGGAAGAGAGUGCCGGCGGCGCACAAGCUCGCCAGGCGCCUCGCCGUGCUCAGGAAACCCGGGCCCCGCGCCCACAACGCCGCGGUCCAUGAGUUCAACGCCUCCGUCGAGACGGCGGCGCGGAACAGGCAGAGCUUCGUGGCGCUCGUCGAAGGAACGCUCGUGAAGGCGAUGACCACCAAGGGCGUUGCUCGCGAGUCCAAAUCCGACGUUUGCGCUUGGCUCUCCAAGGCCAUUUUCCUACACGAAGGCCUCCCCGAGAUGUGCGACGACCACAGCGCGCCGGAGCUGUUGGGCGGGGAAGGGUCGACGUGCGCUUCCUCGGGGUUCCUGAUGAGCUUCUCGGCCCUGCUGCUCCGCAUGGGAGUCGGGCUGUUCUCCUCUGUUUGCCCCAAGAGCAUGGGCUUGGUCGAGAUCGACUACGUCGAAGGAGGUUCGGUGAACUGGUCGAGCGGCCUGCCGGCAGCCUCGAUUGACGACGACGACGACCCCGACGACUGCGAGGGCGAUGAGGAGGUCGGCCAUGGAGACGGGAACGUUGGAGGGGGCGUAGCCGUGGCAGCAGAAGCUACACCACCGCACGAAAGUGGAGGCGUCGAAGAGGAAAAAGACGGGGGGGCAGGAGAACCGCGAGAGAGCAGUGGAGAGGCUGCGGCGGCUGCCACGAUUUGCGGGAGUGGUGAUGACGUCGGAAACGAAGUGGCUUCGGCGGCGGCGGCGGCGGCGGCGGAUGACGAAGGAGAAGAGGAAGAGCGAGAGCAAGAAGAACCACCCCGGCGUGGCUUCAGUUUCGCGACCGAGCUCUUCUUCCUCACUCACCGCGCGCUCCAGGUGAUCAUCAGCCCUCUUGACCGCCGGCGAGGGGAAAUGCGCAAGAGAAUCAGCGACAUCGCGCUCGCCAGGACAGGGCUCUCUCUUUCCGGCGACGGCGAUGCCGAAGGGGAGGACGAAGCGGGCCGCGGCACGGCCGGGGUUGCACUCAAGAUCUUCAAAGAAGCGAACUCCGCCAUCUCUCUCGCCUGGUCCGUGGAAGGCUUCAGCUCGGACGCGGUCACGGGCCACGCCUGCCAGCUGGCACUCUUCUCCGCGUCGUGGCUCGAGCUGUACAUCGGCGAGGGCAACGCCACUAGCAGCAGCAACUGUUUGCGGUCCCCUUCCGGUGCCCCCCUCCCUGUUGCGGCCGCUGAGGGUAGCGCGAGCGCAGCAGCCGCGGCGGCGACGUCGGUGUCGAAGAUAGCCCCUCCGCUGAUCGAGACGAUCUGCGCCUCCUGGGUGCGGGGUGCCUCGAACGGUCGGGACGAACAGUUCCUGAGUCGCCGGGCUGCGGAGGACGCGGCCACGUUCUGCGGGAAGAUCAUGGAGCGGGUGGACCUCCGCCUGUCGCCGGUAACGCAGAACAAGCUCGUGGGAGUCCUCGAGACCCUCAUCCAGACAGGCACCUGGGCCCUAGAGAACGACAGGAGAGGCCGGAGAGGAAGCAGCAGAAACGGCCCCGUCGCAAGGUCUGGGGGGUUCAGCGGCUCCAUGUACUGGGGGAAUCGACGCGGGUAUGCCGGGGCCAUCUUGGACAGCGGGGAGCUGAGGACGUCGCUCCCGCGACAGCUCAUGAGGCUGUACGCGUCGGUUCAGCAGAUCGAAGGGAUGGCCGCGACCGAAUACAUCGGGUAUUUUAAGUUUAGCGUCCGGGUGCGCGUGGGCACCAUCCUCCUUCAGCUGUGGUCGCAUCCUCUGGGAGAACCUCGACAGGUGAUCCUCGACCUCGUUCGCGCCUCGAUGGCCACAUCGACAACGGCAGCGUCAACCCCGCCGUCGCCAGACGUAGCCACGGCCACCGGCGGUGUCAGCAUGUCGGGCGGCGGCGGCGGCGGCGGCGGUAGAACGAUGACAGCGGAGACCGCUCCGGCGGAUGCCAGGCCUCUGGCGACGGAGUUCUUCAUCUCCGCCUUCGACACGAUCAACUAUUUCUUCAACCUGGCCUUGGACCACCUGAGGGACGGCGUGAUCGAGGAGAGGGGCAACGGGGGCAGAUCCCUCGACGCCGGCCAUGAGCACUGGCACAAAUACAUGUCCGAUCGAAAGCAGGUCGUCUCCGCGCUCAAGAACAUGACCGUCCCGGUCCUGACGCUCCUGACCACCCUCGGCGAGGAGAAAGAGGUGAUGGAUGCCCUCCGCAUUGGAGAGUUGGGAGCGCGUUCUGCCGCCCUGCUGUCGGGCAUGCUCCGCUCUCUCUACGGCGAGGAGUCGGCCGCGUUUGCGGUGGCCGAUCCAAACGCGUGGGGAUUCGACAAGGCUGAGCUAGGAGGAAUGGCCUGUGACCUGCUGGUCGGCCUCACAGCGCACGGCGACGCCGCCCCCACCCGAGCCUUCGCUGCGGCGUUGCACCACGCCGACUCGGAAUUCGACGGCCGGCUGCUGGAGGCCGUGGCGGCGGGGGAGGGCGGCGCGGGCCUUGGCGGGACGCCGGCGUUGGCGCGCUUGACGCGGGCCCUGGAAGCGGCCGACGAGGACCGCCGUAAAAUGGAGGAGGAGCAGGCAGCAGCGGCCGCGGUGGCAGGCGAAGGAGGACAGGGUAGCGGCGGCAGCGGAGAUCCGUUUGAAGGGGUUCCGGAAGUGGCGGCGGAUGAUGAGGAGUUGGUCCGGGAGUACGGCGACGCCAUCGCAGACCUAGUGCACACCCAGGUGGAGUCGCUGUCUCCCGGGCACUACUUCGACAGCCGAAGGGAGGGUUCCACCCUGACUCACCCCCGCAAGGUGGCCACCGAGACCAUGCGCAAGCUCCCCCGGAUGCUCCCGAACCCGCCGCACCCUAACUCCGCGGUGUUCGCGGUGCUCGGGGAGGACGCACUCAACUUUUCCCGAUUCGUGAUCUCGGGGCCCGUGGACACCCCGUACGAGGGCGGGCUGUUCGUGUUCGACGUGUUCUUGCCGUCUAACUACCCGGCCGACCCGCCCCUGGUGCAGAUGAUUACGACCGGCCAGGGCACGGUCAAGUUCAACGUCAACCUUUACUCCGACGGCAAGGUGUGCCUCAGCCUCCUCGGGAGUGCUACCGGGGCCAGCGCCAGCGGUGGAGACAAGUGGAACCCCGAGACAAGCUCGCUGUGGCAGGUGUUCGCAUCCAUCCAGACCCAGGUGCUCGUGAAGGACCCGUACUACAACGAAGGUGGAGGGCGUAGCAACAUGCGGGGCCGAGGGACCGCGGAGACGGAAGAGGCCUCCGCCCACGAGAACGCCCGCGUGAUCCUCGAGACCAUCCGGCACGCGGCCGUCGCCAACCUCCGCCACCCGCCCAAAGGUUGCGAGAAGCUCAUCAGGCAACAUUUCCACAGCCUCCGCAAGCGGGUGCUGGCGAGGUGCCGGAGGGCCGUCGAGGAGGCCCCCAACGAGCGCCUCAAGAGGGCCACGCUGCGAGCGUCGGCGGAGUUGAGGGCCGAGAUGGACAAGCUCCCUCAGCAGCUUGCCGGCGAAGUUGAGAGCUGAGGUAGUCGGACAAGCUGCUGUUUCUAGUUGAUAUCGAUUUACGAUUCUGUUUGUCGUUGAGAGGUGACGUUGUUUCCUAAAUAGGGAAGUACUCGGAACAAGCAAGGUGGUGACGCCAUUUGGUUACGCACCACGUUGGGACAACUUUUCGAGGAAGAGCAGAACGCGAGUAGUAUAGAGGGACGUGACUCGGCCCGGCCUCCAUCACGACCUUGAGCGAAACGAAUCGGAAAGAAAUUGGGGAAGGACACUGAAGAGGAAUCGCACACAUUGGUUGAGCCCACCAAUGGAGUUCCUCGGUCAGCGAACAGAUGUGGUCGACAUCAUUGUGAAAUGUUGCUUGGUCCCGGGAAGGUAGUGUUACCAGCCCUAAAACCCUAAGUUGAUGAAUAUGUGGGAAAACCGUGAUGGGUGAUCAUUAGGGGGGUGGUUGAUUGGGCAAGGAGGCCAGACCCUUGGUUUGCGUCCGUCGGUGCGAUUUUUCGCCUUGCACUUUUACCCUAAAAUUAUUGUUUUUGUUCUUCGUGUGACUUACGCGUUAAUCAGCGUCAAUGUCCCGGUUAUCAUUCAAGUCUCGCCGU